AUGUAUCAUCUCGAAAAUAUCGUCAAAAAUAAUAUCAAUAAAAUUGAUCAUGCAUUAGUUAUGUCUGAUUUAGAUCCUUCCGAUCGUCAAAACUACAGGUCAUGUGAAAAGAUCAGCAGUGAUGAAGUUUUAUCAAUUUUAGAAUCAGAUGAUGAUAGUUAUGCUACAUUUCUUUAUAUCAAAUUACUUCGCUACAUAAUUGAUGCAUUCAUAAACAAAGCUACUCCAAUUAAAGAUCGUAUCUAUUUUUCUUGGACUAUAGUCUUCGUCUGCCGCCUUUGGAAAGCAUGGUUGAACGCAGAAUUUAAAUCAGCAACUCAAAAAUGUAGAGACGAAUAUUUCAUUACAGCACCUGCCUAUUACUCAGUAGAAAUCAACGCACACACACUUCUCUACUUAAUAUUGCUAGUUGAUCAAGGCAGUUUACAAUCAGAAUCAUUACAAAUUCCAUUGUUUAGUAGCCAAUUAUGUGAAAGUAUUUUUAGAAGUACUAGAUCCUUAACUGGAACACAGUCAACUAUGGUCAAUUUUACUGUGAUGGAUUUCUUGCAUCGAGCAGAAAAAUUGACAGCAUUACAGAAUAUCAAAUCUCUCCAACAUCAAAAUCAACAAUAUCAACUACAAUUUCCUAAACAUCGCAAACAUCAAAAGAACGAGCAACUGACUGUAAUACCUAAUCAGAGUCUGAAUGUAAAUGAAAUCGAAACAAUAGUCUUUCAAGCUUUUGAACAUGCACAAGAACUUGUAUCUAAAUUGAAUAUAAAUAUUUUAUUAGAACAAUGUAAUCUAUUUGAAUUAGAAGCUUUAAGUGUCAAAACGUACGACAAAUUUAAGAAUUCAAAUCGACUUAUUGAUUUAGCAACAUCGAACUCGUUUCCUGACUCGGAUUUAGAUGAUGAUGAAAAUGAUGAUUAUGAUUAUAUUAACAGUAGUGAGCAAAACCACGAUGGAGACCUUUUGACUGAUAACUACAAUAACACAUCGAAUAACACGUUACAAUCAAAUAGAACUGAUUUUUCUGGUAUGAGAGUUUUUGAAUCAGUUAAUGAAGCACACAGAAAAUCAUAUUUCGAAGUUGAAAUUAGUGGCGAAAAAAAAUUUUUACAUAAACAAACAGCAUGCUGGUUAUUGACAGAAAGAAACAGUCGUCUAUCAAAUGAUCGUCUGUCCCGCGUAAAACAGACGAACAAAUAA